UGUCUUUCCAAAUUGAGAGUGCACAAGGUCGUUGUGUGGAUAGGGUAAUUCAGUUUGGAGGCCAAAUGCUCGUUUCAUGUCACUCAGUCUUCCGGAUCGUGUCAAAAUUUCUUCUAAGAUUCUAGCCGAUUUAUUCGUCUGCUGAAGAAUGAGUUCACAGAAAGGUAACACUCAGCGCACACGCCCUCAGAAAUAUAAGAAUACUAAGGCUUUUAAAAACAACUUGCAUGAUGCGUCUAAAGAAAUCAAACGCCUCAACAAUCUUACGUUCGACUUUUUGUGUCCCAGAUGUACAGAUGUCGUGCAAUGGAAAGUCAAAUACAAAAAGUACCAUCAGUUAGCAAACCCUAGAGUUUGUGUGAAGUGUAACGGGAAAACUGUAAAACAAGCCUACCAUACGAUCUGUACAGAUUGUUCAUUUGCUUUGAAAAUCUGCUCUAAGUGUGGAAAAUCAGAUGGACCGAUUACCUUUGGUGCUACAGAAAAUCAAGAAGAUAUUAACCAAAAAUUCACUGACGCUUUGAAAAAUGUUCGUGAGAGAGAACGCCGUAAGUUAUUUUUUUUAGAUGAAUCAGGACGUUUUUAUUUGAGUGUUGGGUUUUAUAUGUGCUGUUCGUUACUAAACCCUUACAUAAACAGUAGUCUUAAUGAAGCUUUCCAUUUACUUCAUACAAAUAGGAAAAUGAGCUAAAAUAUACCUAUCCCUAUCGUAUUAUAUUCUAGUUACUUUUUAUUUUCUUACCGUCUGCUUCUGGACCAUGAGUUUUGUUAACAGUUAAAGUACAAGUUACGAAAAUUUAUUCUCUGGAACGGUAAACAGUGAUUUGGGUGAUUUUUGCGAACGAUAUUCAAUAUCUUAGCACUAUAUUCCCAAUAGUAUUCAUAUAUUUGAAUCGUACCUUUUAGAGUCACUAGAACCAUUUCCAAACAGCCUGAACGAAACAGCACCCCUCCAACUCUAAUUGAAGCUAUAGAUAGUCUGAAAUAAGGAAGAGCCGCUGGUUCAGAUGGAUUGGCUCCAGAGGUCUUUAAGGAUAGUGGUACAGUUUAGGCGAUUAGGUUGACUAUUUCAGCUAAAAUGUGGGAACUGGAUUUAAUCCCAUCUCACUGGUUGCAAUCACUAAUUUUCUCAAUAUGUAAGAAGGGGUCAAAAUCAUCCUUUGAUAAAUUGAGGGAUUAGCUUGAGCAAUAUAGCAUCCAAAAUACUAGCCUCAAUAAUUACCGGGCGCCUAACAAAGACUCGUAAACUGUAAAUACGAUAAAACCAGGUUGUGGCCGCACCGACCACAUAUACACAGUUAGUCAGGUUUUAGAACACAGGAGUCAGACAAUGAUAGUUUUUCUUGACUUGAAAGCAGCAUUUGACUCUGUAGACCGAGAGGCUCUGUGGCAGUGUCUGUCAUUGAAAGGUGUACUUUAGAAGUACAUAAACUUUGUGAAGGCUCUUUACUCGAAUACUACCAGUCAAGUCAGAGCUUGUGGCGAACUUCCAUCUGAUAUUGCAACCUCGAGUGGUGUCCGACAAGGCUGUCCACUAUCUCCAUUUUUCUUUAACUUCAUCAUAGACCUACUGCUGGAAUUAACGUUCUCGUUGUCUGAAAUUUCAGGAAUUGAUCGCCUUCCAGGGGGUCCACUUAUCGACUUAGAAUACGCAGAUGAUAUAGUCUUGUUUGGUGAAGACACUGGUAAAAUGCAGAAUCUUUUGGUAGCACUGAGUAACAAUGUCUGGAUGUUUGGGAUGUGUAUCUCCUCUUCUAAAUGCCAUUUGUUGCUUCAGGAGUGGACUGCAUCAACACCUGAACUAAGGAUAGGGAGUGAAGUAGUCGAACGCGUCGACAACUUCACUUAUCUUGGAAGUCUGAUCAGUCCAAAUGAGUUGGUGUCUGACGAAAUCUCAGCACGGAUUCAGAAAGCUCGUUUGACUUUUGCCAACUUACGUCACCUAUGGCGAAGACGAGAUAUCUAUCAAUUAAGGGACGAGUAUAUUGUGCGGCAGUUCGCUCUGUUCUGCUUUAUGGCUGCGAAACGUGGCCAUAGAGAAGAGGAGAAGAUACUCGUAAGUUACUAGUAUUUGACCACAGAUGCCUUAGAAAUAUUGCUCACAUCUACUGGGAUCACCGGGUAAGUAAUAGUGAGGUUAGACACAGAGUAUUAGGGAAUGAUGGUGAAUCAGUUGAUGAGAUCAUGAAUCUUCAUCGACUGAGAUGGUUAGGCCACGUGUUACGUAUGCCUGAACACCGAUUACCACGACACGCAAUGCUAUCUAGUGUUGGCAAUGAUUGGAAGAGAAUUAGGGGCGGCCGAACCAAAACGUGGCAUCAGUCCUUGAAGUCACUAACUUCUAGCCUGAGCCAUGUUGGUAGAUGCAGACUACUUGGUUGGGGUACACGCGAUCAUCGUAACCAGUUGUUGGAGACUGAGAAUUUAUCACAAUGGUGUAGGUGUUUACAUUUUUUGUCUUCCCUUGAACCAUGAGAUUAAAACUGCUUCAUACCUUUCUUUCUAUGAACUAAUUCUUUCUAUCCUUACAUGCAAUCUUUUUUUUAUAUAUUACAACCAUUGAAGUAACUGCUUUUAUGAAUUUGGUGUUCAUCUUUUUGUGCUAAUGAGGUAUGGAAACUUUGACCGAUGCAUAUACGUGUGUGGUCCUACGUUGUAGAUGACUGACUCUAACAAAUACAUCUGCAACCUUUUGGAAAUUCCCGGAUUAAAACUUCAUCAUGGACCUGACGAUAAUUACUGGGUUUCGUCACUGACGUCAUGAUUUAUUACCUGCGACAGAGUGGGUAUUCAAAGUAACCGAAGUAACUUAAAUUAUCUCACACUAUUAUGUAUAGAUUAUAACAACAAUCAUUGCAGUCUAUACUUUCUAUCUCAAGUAUUUUAAUUUGCCUGAAGAUAUCCAACCAAUAAAUCAGAUCCACUACUUUUAAAGGACAGAUAAUCCUAAUUUUAGAUAGAUGUAUCUGCCCCUAACCAAACAUGUCACAAAUUUAAUCUAAUGAUUGUUAAAAUGGUUAUCCGUCUGAUAGCUAUUCUUUAUUAGUUUCAGUACUUUCAACAUAAUUUGGAGUAAUUUAUAUUUUCGAAACAUAUGAACCUUCUGUAGGUGCUCUUCUCCGUUUGACCCAGUCCAAUAAAAAAACAGUUGAAUCAGGUAAUAUCGACCCUAAUGAAGAAUUUCAUCCAGACAGUCUGGAUAAACUAAUUGUGAAUGAGCUAUCGGAUAUCAAAUUUGAUAGGAACAAAUAUGAAUCAAAUGACUAUAAAUCCAGUUAGCGGGAUUGUAUUAAAAUGUAUUUGUUGUAAAUGUCAUAUAUCAAAGUAUUUUUAAACU